AUGAGAAUAAUUCUAACAGCAGGAAUAAUAGGAUUAGCCUUAUCCUAAACAACAAAAAAAGAUACCCAAGCCUUCGUAUACAGAGACGACAUCGGCGCUUUUUGGGGCAUAAAAGGUUACGAAGAAAUGGUUACAGAAGUAGGAACUCAUCACGGUCACACAUAUUGGCCCCAAUUCUCGUUUUUAGGUACUUAUGAUUCCGGUUCUGUCCGUAGAGGAUUUUAAGUAUUUGCUAGGAACUGUGGUAACUGUCAUGGUAUGAUUUAUAAGAAAUACGAUUAUUUGUUAGAUAAGGCAUAUGGGUAAUUAGAAUUAUAGUCUAUGGUAUCUGAUUUUUCAAUACAUCCUGCCCAUUAACAUUUUAAGCAAUAUUAUUAUCAAGAAUGGGAUGAAAGAGAUAGAGUUAUUUCAGAUCAUAUUUAUCCGCCUUAUUUUUCAUAAGAUUAAGCAAAAAAUGCUAAUGGAGGUGUCUGGCCUACAGAUUUUUCUAAAAUAAGAUUCAGACCAGGUGGUGUUAAUUAUAUUUACAAUAUUAGUACAGGUUAUUAUUUCUAAUCACCUCAUGGUUUAGAUGUUCCUAAAGGAAAACAUUUCAAUCCUUACUUUGAUCAUAUGAUUAUUGGUAUGGCUAGAUAAUUAAGUGACGGAAUGAUUGAUUACGAUGAUGGUACACCUUCUUCUACUCCUUAAAUGGCUUAUGAUGUUUCCAACUUUAUUAAUUUUAUGUAAAGAAGAACAGGGUAUAAACAUCCUGAUAAAAUGGUUAGAAAUUAUAUGUUUUUCACUGCUGGAUUACUUUUGAUUCCUUUUAAAUAUUUAAGAACUAAGGCAUAUUAUAGAAAUUUACUUGCUGUAAGAUGGGAAAUGUAUGCUGUUAGAGAUGGUGCUUAUUAUAAUCAUUUUAAAUCUGGAGGAUUUAAUAGUAGAGCUUAUUAAUUUAGAGGUUCUUAUUGGGCAUGA